GUGUCGCUCUCGUGCUUUUGUAUUCUCAUUCCAUGUUUUUGUUGAAAUUUCCUACUUAAUUUUAAUUAUAUUGUUAAUUAGUACUAAAUAAUUAUUUCUUACUACAAUGUAGUACUCAAAUUAAUGUUCAAAUUUUUAAUUCAUUCAUCAGUUACGUUAGCAAUUAGAAGUUAAGAAACAACGUCGUGGUCCAAUUCUUCGUAAAGUUCCUUGCUGAAGGAUGUCGAAGGGCUUUUACUACAAUGGCCAAGCCGUUCGACCAAUUGGAGUCGGUUUUGGUGUUCCGAGGAGUCAAUCAAGUAACGCAAUUACGACUGGUAGACAGAAUUUGAUAAAGGAUUCUUCCAUGGAACAAUCCAAGUCCACAUCCAAGACGACGGACGACCUGAAAAAUGGGACCGAUCCUGCCGCCGAUGAAUCCGUGUGGGGGGAUGACGACGACAUGGACCAGUUGUUGUUUCGGGCUACUCAGCAAGCAGAAAUGUCUGAAUUGCACGGUGGUGGUGAUUCUAGUGGCGUCUUUGCUGGAAGAAAUAAUGGACCUAGUCCUCCCCAGAAUCAAAACCGCAACAACAACAAUAAUAAAACUCCAGAUAUGCUGAUCCCGAUGAUGAGUUUGGAACAGAGAAGGGAGCAAUUGCUGUUCGAUGUUGUUGCGGACACUCCGGCACAAACGAAUAACGUAUUACGUCAAGAAAAAGCGGAUUUGAAAGCAAACGAAGAAACGGCCGAGACAAAUGAAAAAAUCAAAGCUUUGCUGGCAGAGGUUGAAAAUAUUAAAUUAGAGAAUUACAAGUUAAAAGGCGAAGUGUCCACGUUGCGAAGGACGAACGACAAAUUGAAGGAUGAACAACGGAUCGAUUUUCAAUCAAGAUUAGCUGUCCGUUGCGGUGGUGCCAAACCUUUGGAAGGAGACAAAGCAAUAAUUGCUAAACUGGAAAACGAAAUACUCAUUUUGCAGCAAGAAGCAAUCAAGAAGAAUUGGAACUUUGCAGACAAACGUAAAAGCAAUGAGACCAGCGUGAAUAAUGUGACUUCUACUUCUGCUCCUCCUUUCGAACCAUCUCCUCCUUCCAUCUAUUCUAUUGACGACGUAGAAAUGAUAAACGUAAUUGAAGCUUCCGAACCUCAACGGGGAGCUCGUGCUAUACCAAAUUCAAAGAAAAGUUCACCUUGGGCAAGGAAUGGAACAAGGACGAUGUCACCAAAGACAAUGGCACCACCAGUGGCAAAGUUGCUAAGAACAGACUCGCCAAAAGCUAUUUCUAGAGCGCCGCCCGCCGCAACAAGCACAACGUUUGUUCAGACUGAUGAGUCUUUCUCUGUGCCUCCCCCUCUUCCUCAGUCAACCAUCGCACCCCCACAACGCAUCUGCAGAGACGAGCUGGACUGGUGCUCACAAUCGGUUACCACACGAGAGAAAAUAUUUGAAAAGAUGGACAAAAUUGUGGACCUGGAGUUUCAACUGAUGCAGCCUUGUUUGAAGUAUGUCACGCAAAUAGCGCCCCGAAACAUUAUGAAAAAGCAAAUAAAGCGCUGCGAAAUCAAGUAUGCCUUCCCGUCCGUUGUUGACAUAAUGUUUCAAUGGGGAUUAGAGGAGAAGAGGCGAAAAGAGAGAAUUGAGACAGGAAUUAAAGAACCCUUGCCACCCAUUCUUCCCUCAAAAUUCGGUACGGGACCACAAUAUUUUGACAUCAAGAAUGCAAUUUCUAUCCGUUUCAAGUACGGAGGAACGUGGGGCGCACUGGGAGAAGUUCGUGACUGGUUGCAAAAACUGUUUAAAAGUAUGGAAGGUCAAGCUCGCUUUCGCCUUUAUGAGUUCAAUACACUAAUGAAUUUUUGGAGGCUGAUUUUCUGGGCUAAUCAAUUAUGGAGGGGUGUCCUUAUCGAGGAGGAGGAGACAGAACUAGUCCUAAAGAACAGACAGCAAUGGGUUAAAGAGUUGAGAGGAUGGACCGGUCUGGUUCUAAAGUGUGAUUGGAGGGACUAUUUUUCAGAGACGCUGGAAAUAGAGCUUAGAAAGUUGACACUUGGAAUUUUAGAAAGCAUUGUGCUUUCCGGGUACUUCGAACAGACUGCGAAUAGAUACGAAAUUCUGUAUCGUAUAAUGAAGGACGUCUUAGGUCACGAAUGGUUUCGAAGUACGUUAAAUGUGCAGCGCAUUGUACGAAUUACAACGUGGUCCAUCUCCGAUUUGUGCAUUGUGCGAUACCUGUGCUUCAAGCGUAAUGAGGCGAAUACCUGCCUGGCAAGAAUGAUUGGAGAAAGUGUGCUGAAAUCGUGCCAAGAAGCAUCUAAUAAUCCGACCGAUAUUGCUCGCCUAUUCAUCGACUUGGCGUUUCUUUUGGAAACACUGAUGCGGGACAAGGUGACGCCUUAUCAUCAGAGCAAGUAUGCGAGGCAGGAACUUGGUGAAGACGACGUUUCAAAGAAGGCCAUAACUCCUCAACCUUCAAACCCAAAACCUGAACUUUCAAACCUAAGAACUGAAGACAUGGAGGUGGAUGAUUCAGUACCUUCAAGUCAAUUUGCGUGUCCAGUCAAGUACAAUGUCACACCAAGCGUCGAAGUGCCCGCGGUGGAUGAUACAGAUUUGCUAAAGUCUUGUCUCUCAUGUUGGCUGGAUCCUACCAAGUAUGAAGAUCCAUACGGGAGGGAUAAGCUAUGUCAGUGUAGGAAGGCUUUGAUGGGGUCAGCAAUUACCGUUCUGAGGAUGGUUUUUGAUGCUUGGCUCGCUAGACACCUGGAAUAUACAAGAAAUUUGGAAACUCGUUUAAUUCGGGAGCAAGAAGAACUGGAUCGCUUGGAAUAUAUAAAGUCAUCCCUUUCAGGCAGAGAAACCCCUCCAAUUUCCUGUCAAGAAGAUUCCGAUGCUUCCAUGUCAAAAGAGAAGGGGGGAACGGACCGGUUAAACUUUCUCAGGACGAAGAAAGCCUACAUUGAAGGGAUGAUGGAGGAUAUGGAAAACUUUAUGAACGAGAAGUUAACUUACCACCGGCAAGAAUGGAAUCUAAAUGACUGCAUUCAAUCUAAAAAGUUAUUACCGAGCACAGAUUCGCUCCCGUCGUAUAUCGUGGAAAUGCAAAAGAUACCUGACGUGUUUGACCUGGCUUUAGCAAAAGGUCUCCUCAUUAUGGACUUUCUUCGAACGAGGAGUGACAACUUGGCUGCUGCCCUUGGUACUGAUGCGUAUAAGACGUUUCUCAGACUGAUCCCGGCCCUCAAGUUGUACAUGUUUCAAAUUAACUUGACCAAGAAUGACCGUGAGUUAAUAAUGGGCAUGAGUACAGAAUGCGAAGAAGAACACGUGGGUUCCGCCUCCGUUUCGUUCGCUCUUUCGCAAGAACAAAAAGCAGCUAUGAAUUAUCAACCAGCAUCGGUAACAAAUCCGCACGUAGCAUACCCAAUUCCACUCUCGCAACUCGUCGAAUCUGACCCCGUUGGAUGGGACGCGACCAAGAUAAAAGGACAAGAUGCAGUUAAACAACCCCGGUCUCAACCAAUGGCGGAAGAAGAGUCGGAAUUCCUUGCCGACGGAUUUCUUGGUCAUGAAGAUUUCUUAGACGACGAGUUCAUCCCACUUCCAAACCGUUAACGUUACUAACUUUUAUGUACCUGAAGCGCAUAGCUGAUGGAACUAAUUAGCGUAAUUUGUAUGUACAAUAUCUAAUUUUAUUGUAUAUUUGAAAAUUUUAUAUUUGACUGUCCGUAUGAAAAGGUAGCGCUGUGCCAAACAGGCAAAAUUGGGUUUAUUAUUGAUUCGUAGACUGGGUAAAUUAAUAAAUUUGUGACAGAGCUACCUUUUCAUAUGCGCAGGGACGGAUAUCAACUCUAUGUGAUACGACAACCAUGUGUUUUUUUACCUUUUUUACCGCAGCAUUAAACGUUAACUAUUACUAUUAAUUACUAAGAUUUUGUAUAUACACUAGUUAUUAUUCCACUCUGUAAGUCAUGAUGCGAGUAGCGUGAAGACAAAGAGUAUGCAUUCUCAUUGUUGUAGUCAGCAUUGUUCAGGUGGCAGGGUGAGUACUGUUUGGAUUUCAACAAUGCUUACAUGCAAACGUAUAUAAAUUGUGGGGUGACUUUUCCGUUCAUCAGAGCUGCCUUUCAUCAUGGAAUAAAUGCUUGUUAACAUA